CAGGGUCUCCACUUGCUGAACACAAACUCAAUAAGCAUGUGUUUACGCUAGUAAUGGGCUUCAAAACCAUUUAGCCGUACAUCCAUUUCCAUCAACUUUUACAGGAAUAUUACAUCGGAUCAAAGCCUUCACAGGGGUGACGGAGAUGACACCAUCCGUUGUCCUAGCCGUGUCGUUUAUUUUGUGCAGCAUCGUCGGCAUUGCUAGUAUCCAACGCGAUCCUGCUCCACGGCGCAUCGAAGAACGCACACUCAAUUUCAGUGUGGAAGAGAACUCCGUGAUCGGGACUGAGAUCGGAACCGUUGCCCUGACACAACCUACUGAAUACACGACGCCAUCUCUACGAUACAAGCUUGGUACACCAUCCAAACUGUUCGCAGUGGACGAAGUCAACGGAAGAUUGGUCACUGUGGCUCUACUUGACGCGGAGUUGCUCUGUGCAAGCGCCAGAGAGCAGGAGGUCAUGAGUAUCGCAACAUUGAACACAGCAACUGGUGUCAAGCCACAAGGCCAACAGCAUUCCGCCUCCACCGACAGUUUUACGGACAAGGUGACAUGCUCUCAAAACGGCAUUGUCUACGUCCAUUUAGAUGUAAAUGCAUUACUGCAGGAUAGUAGUUUACGCGCCACUCAUCGAGUGGCGGUACAAGUGCAUGAUCUGAACGACAACUGGCCGAAAUUCGAUCAAAUCCGGUGGCACAAACGCCUCAACGAGGUGUUGUACCGCAAAGGUCGCCGACUCGACCUACCCAAAGCGACAGAUGCCGAUUUGCUGGAGGAACACAACCGCGUGCAUUACCGCCUGGAGUUGGCCACGGAGAACACGGGUUCUCCUUCUAUCAAUCCCACCGCUCCAUUUCGCCUUGAGAUCAGCCCGUCGGGAACUCCCGGACUUGUGCUCACUGAAGAUUUGGACGCAGAGACCAAACCUAGACAUCACUUCGUACUGGUCGCCUACAGUCCGAGUCUCGCCUGGGUCCCUCAGGCAAGUGAGUUGCCCAAGCAGAUGGAAGCGCGCCUGCAUAUUGAUAUCGAAGUGGCCGACAUGAAUGACAACGAACCGCGGUUUGAUUCCACCUCCUACAACACCAGUGUGGCAGAAGACACUCCACCGGGCACGGUGAUCUACGAGAUGAUCGCACGCGACCCGGACAGCACUGCGCGGCUGGUGUACUCCAUGGGCUCCACCACGGAGGCCACAGUGAUGCAGUCCACGUUCAGCAUUGAGUCAAACGGAGCUGUACGAUUGCGCAGCUUCCUUGACUAUGAACUGCGCCACACGUACAUCGUUCCCGUCAAGGUCAGCGAUGGCGAAUUCACAACCCAAGCCCAGUUGUUUGUGCACGUGUUGGAUGUUAACGACGAGGCACCUGAGUUUGAAGUCAACCCGAAGCAACUGAUUGUGGAAGAGAAUGCUUCGGCCGGCAAGCUUAUUGGCCGAGUUCGCAUUCGAGACUCGGAUAGCAAUGCGGUUAACGGCAAAGUACAUUGCUGGGAGCCAGUCGAACUGCGUCGCCGACAGGUGGUUGCAUUUGUACCAGACCCUAGUACCGCUCCAUUCUCACCGUUGUACGACCUCACAACACGCAUGGUUUUGGACAGAGAGGCAAUUCCGGAGCCUAAUGAAGGGCGGCUACUCGUCUACCUUGUCUGCGCUGAUGGCAACGAGCCAAUAGACGGGAGUCUGCUGGCGACCACGAGACAUACGGCCACCAUGACAGUCACAUUGACGGUGAAGGACGACAAUGAUCACUCCCCGGUAUUCUUACAGAUGGUGUAUCAUGCGACGAUUUACGAAAACAAUCAGCUGGACGAAAAAAUUAUCCAAGUCAACGCCACCGACGCGGAUGAGGGAGAAAACGCCCGAAUCACCUAUUCCCUUCUGGACAUGGCAAACUUCAAAGCGGACCCCAUAACCGGUUGGAUCAUGGCGAACGUGAUUUUUGACCGUGAGAUGCGUAACUCCUACCAGGUCACAGUGUUCGCAAAGGAUCAAGGGUCUCCCAUCCGGUCCACCUCGGUCCUCUUGCAUGUGACUGUGUUGGAUAGAAAUGAUCACCAACCACAACUGUUACCACACGAAGAGGAGUCCAGCGUUUAUGAUCUCAGUAAGCUUCAGACCGGAAGAGUAGGGAACGUGAAUUUGUUUGCUGUUCUUGAGAACCUACCAAUGAACACGCACAUUGGAGAUGUUUUGGCCAAGGAUGAGGAUGUUGGGUCCAAUGCAGAGAUGGAAUUCAUGCAAAUAGACGACAAACACUACUCAGCAAGAUUCCGCAUCCUACGCAAUGGAUCUGUGCUUACAGCAGCGGAGCUGGACAGAGAGGAGAAGGUGAGACAGGUUGCGGAAACUGAUGGUCUGCAUAAACAUUCGGAAAAUGAAGUGCUACGCACUGACAAGCUCCACAUAGUCCUUAGUUAG